AUGCCUGCUGCACCUGACCACCCAAACACGAAACCCUCAAUGGCUCAAGUUCUCUUUCUUUCAAAGCAAGACAAAAGCCGUGGUCCUCGUGGUGAACUCAAGAUGAUGUGCGCCAUGACUCGCCUCUUGCUUGUGCCGCUCGUCGCCGUCUUGGCGGAGGUGGGUCCUCCACCGCCGCUGCCCGAGGGCUCAGACAAGACAAGCCCAUUCCAGGACAAGGUGGUCGCACCUCUUCGGGAAGCGGCCAAGGAGUUGCAGGACGCAGGAGCAGAGCUGUUGAAGAGCAUCGCGCACUCGGUCUCGGGCCAGGGCAAUGAGGAUGCCGCCUUGAUGGAGAUGGGCGUCGAGCUGCGCAAGACGCUCGGCGAGGUCGUGCCUCUGCUGCUCCAAGCUCGGGCCAACAGCUCAGCCGUGGACAUCGACCCACGCCCCGCCGCAGCCUCGAAGGCCACGAUGGCGCAGGAAGUGCUGCUCAAGCUCCAGGUCUACACCGAUUGGGCUUGGCCUGUUCUGGAUGGUUACUCGAAGGCGGCUUUCUCAGAUGAGCCCAUGCCAGAAGACAUGAACAUGAGAAUGCAACGUGGCACAAACGGCUCCUUGACGUACUUGAGCUCCGUGCUGACCUUCGCGUGGACGGCUGCGCAGUACCAGUUCCCCGUGAUUGAGGACCUCAUGGCCCGGAAUGACAGCAGUGGUGAAGUUCUGGUGAAGGCGGGCUGCUCGGCGAACUAUGCGCAGCUUUUGGGGGACAUCACGCAGGUCUUCUCCGACCUCUCCGAGUCCAAGAUCUACUGCUUCCAGUCGCUCACCAACAAGACCGCCCAGCGCGAGUGCGCGAUGAACUCCCUGAAGUCUCUCGACAAGGUCACCGCCUCCAUCGCGGAGGCGGCCAACGCCAUGUGGCAGUGCUUUGGCAUCUUCUGGGGCUGUUCCCAACUCAUGAACUCCGCCUACAACAAGCUGUCCCAGGCCUACUACUCCAGCUUCCAGAUGUCGCGCUGGUGCAGCCAAGCCGUGGAUGCCUCCUGUGACGAGGACUACUAUGCCUUCAAGGCCCUGGGAGCCCUGAGUGCAGCAAAAGGCCUCCUGCAGUCGGCCACGCAGGACUGCGACAUCAAAGGGGGCACCAUCAUGCACCCAAUCAACCCCUGGGCUGCGACUCCCUUCAUGCCGCGCAAGGCUCCGGAGCCCUCCGCCUGA